UUCGUGACCCUCCAGCCUCAGCCUCUCAAAAGUGCUGGGGCUACAGGUGCGCACAAACAAGCAGAGCGUGCACUAUCUGUUUUGUGUAUUUUAUCGAAAUACUCGAGUCUCUGCGAGUUAGGAUUCAGAACAGGGCUGACCAGCCAGAGCCGCACCCUGUCCAACUGUCUGGAGGAAAUCUGUUUCAAGUUCCUGGUGGAGGCAGGUCAAGGUCACUCUUUUCUAGGAAUCAUUCCAAAUCUCGAGCCCAUUUAGAGGAAAGUGGUCCACUCCCACAACUAAGUUGGGCAAGAAAGACGCAUUGGAGAGGCAGCAUGUUCGCCCAAUCUGCACUUAACUAUUGAGCCAUUACUAACGGCCAAGCAGUGCAAUACAAAGUAAUGACAGCUGGCCUCUCUGCGUCGGUCUGGAGGCAAGAUCCUUCAAAUGGAUCCCUUCAGACUGCCGAGGGCAGAAGCUCCGAACCACCCCAGAGGCCGCCACGCAGAUGACCCCGGGGCCGACCAGCUCCAACACUGCACCGGUACUCCCCCCUCCGGGCCCACCGAGAUUACAGCUCUUCUCGCGAGAGCACGGGCCGGUCCAGCUCCAGGCGGCCGAGGGACGUUGACUCCAGACCGCGCCCCCGCCCGCGCAGCUGAGAGGCGCGCGCGGUACAGUGGGAGCGGCGGCGGCGCGCACGCGCAGGCAUAACUAUUCUGCACCUCCAGGAUGGCAGUCCAGUUCCGUUCACUCUUCCCCUUGGCGUUGCCCGGAAUGUUGGCGCUCCUUGGCUGGUGGUGGUUUUUCUCUCGUAAAAAACAGCAGAUCAGCAGCAGUGAAGAGCAGGCAGAGUCCAGUGCCAUGACAUUAAGGGCCGGCCCUGCCACCAAGGAACCGCUCUCCAUGGGAGAAGCUUGUCCCACAGUCACGUCCAUGUCUCCCAGUGUUCCCCAGCCGCCAAGAAAGGAGAAGACUGCUCUAAGCAAGCCUUCGAUGGAGCCCCCAGCCUUGCUGCGGACGCACCUGCCCCACCACAGGUCUGAGUCCUUGGGCAGCCUGCCUAACACCACUGACAUGCGGUCCCAACCGGGAAUGUGCAAAGUCAACAGUGCAAAGGUGGAACUAGCUGUGAUGGGGGACGAGGCCAAAUCUGUCCCUCUGGGUUGUCCCCUCACAUUCCCGAAGGAUGUGCUAUUCCCCCAUGAAGUGGUAGAAGUAUGUAAACAAGAGCCUGUCCUUGGUGGGGUGCCUGCCACAGAGAAGCAUGACCCUGAGGAAAUGGCAAGAGAGAGAGAGAUGGGUGGAGCCGAGGGGACUGGUGAUGCAGUGCUGGGGGAGACCAUGCUUGAAGAAGGUCUGCUGCCCCAGGAGUGUGCCUUGGGCCCCGAGAAUGGCAAGGCUCUCAGCCUGCCCCUGGUGGUCCAGCCAGUCGGGGCCCUACCGAAAGAAGAAUACCCGGUUGCGAAGCUGUUAGGUGGUAUUGUGGAGCCAGCUUCUACAGAGCUGGUGAAGGAAGAGGAAGCCCAGAGACUCCAGGGCACAGGUGGCAGAGCCAGGGACAAAGACCCAGUAGGAGAACUGAGCAAAGAGGAGGCCGUGGAUGAAAACAAGAAGCUUGAGCAGGCUGCCUUCCAGAUCAUCUCCCAUGUGAUCUUGGAAGCCACUGAAGAGGUCCUGGCCACCACAGACCAGGCUACAGCCAGUCAGCCACAAAGACAGAAAGAGGAAAACUGUGGCCUAGUCAGCCGGGAAACUGUCCUGGUGCAAGACACUACAGAGCCCACCCUGGCCACAGCAGGGGCAGCUGCCAGCCCACUGGAUACUGCCCUCCCUUCACCAGGCCUGCUGGCAGAAGACCUGCCACCACCAAAGACCUACGUGAGCUGCCUGAGCAGCCCUCUGUCCAGCCCCACCAAGGACAGGAAGCCAAAGAACUCUGCAUACCCCAUCUCCCUGGCUCCCUGCCUGCCACCAGACACUCCACUCAGAGAGUCACUGGAUAAGACCAGCAGCUUGGUGGAAGAUGCCACCUGUGUCUCCUGCAUGUUGGACAAGAGCCACAGUGUCUCUUCAGUGGCCUCCUCAGGGCGGUGCUCAGAUUCUGUCAGCACAUCAGGGCUUGAAGACUCUUGCACAGAGACCAACUCAAGCCCCAGGGACAAGGCCAUGACUCCACUGCUGCCAGACAGUACUGAGCCCUUCAGCAAUGGGGUGCUGAAGGGGGAGUUGUCAGACGUGGGGACUGAGGAUGGAUGGAGCGUGGAUGCAGAAGCAGACCACUCGGGAGAAGCUCUUUCAGGUUCUGAUGGGAACAGCAUGGACUCAGAGAGCUGCUGUGGCCACAGGAAGAGUGACAGUCUCCAGAACGCCCCGGCUGGCUCCAACCCCAAGAAGGUCGACCUCAUCAUCUGGGAGAUCGAGGUGCCAAAGCACUUAGUUGGCCGGCUAAUUGGCAAGCAGGGGCGGUACGUGAGUUUCCUGAAGCAGACUUCUGGUGCCAAGAUCUACAUCUCAACCCUGCCUUACACUCAGAACGUCCAGAUAUGCCACAUAGAAGGUUCUCAGCAUCAUGUAGACAAAGCUCUGAACUUAAUUGGGAAGAAGUUUAAAGAACUGAACCUGACCAAUAUCUAUGCUCCCCCGUUGCCUUCCUUGGCGCUGCCUUCUCUACCAAUGACGUCCUGGCUCAUGCUGCCUGAUGGCAUCACUGUGGAGGUGAUCGUGGUCAACCAGGUCAACGCCGGGCACUUGUUUGUGCAGCAGCACACGCACCCCACCUUCCACGCGCUACGCAGCCUGGACCAGCAGAUGUAUCUCUGCUACUCUCAGCCCGGAAUCCCCACCUUGCCCACUCCGGUGGAGAUCACGGUCAUCUGUGCUGCCCCUGGUGUGGAUGGGGCCUGGUGGCGAGCUCAAGUGGUGGCCUCUUACGAGGAGACGAAUGAGGUGGAGAUCCGCUAUGUGGACUAUGGCGGGUAUAAGAGGGUGAAGGUGGAUGUGCUCCGGCAGAUCAGGUCUGACUUUGUGACCUUGCCAUUCCAGGGAGCAGAAGUCCUUCUGGACAGCGUGAUGCCCCUGUCAGACGAUGACCACUUUUCACCUGAAGCAGAUGCAGCUAUGAGUGAGAUGACAGGAAAUUCAGCGCUGCUCGCCCAGGUGACGAGUUACAGUCCAGCUGGCCUCCCUCUGAUCCAGCUGUGGAGUGUGGUUGGAGAUGAAGUGGUGUUGAUAAACCGGUCGCUGGUGGAGCGAGGCCUUGCACAGUGGGUAGACAGCUACUAUGCGAGCCUCUGACCCUGGCCGCUGCUGCUGCUGGAGUCUUUUUUUGCACUGUUGGGACUGGGUGUGGGCCUCAAGGCAAAGCUCCAAGCUGAGACUCAGCAUCAUCCUCUUGAGUCCUCUUCCCUAUUCUGUAUACCAUCAAGAACAUGAUUUCUUUCUGAAGAAAAAGGACUCAACUGUGGGUUCUUUCCAGAGCCAUAGGGUGGCUUUCCAAGAGCCAGCUGGCUUGCCUUUGCUGAGUCCCCAGGCUGUCCUCUCCCCUGUACCCCUCCUCCCCACUGGCACCCCAGGCUGCCACAGCAGGCCCAGGUGGGUAAGUGUUGCGCUGGAGGAGUUCCUCCCGCUUCCGCCUUUCUUCAGGGACGGCGUGAAUCAACUAUGGGUGUUCGUUCCCUGCAUGGCCUGCACAGAUGGCUUGGUGGCAUUCGUGCAGUUUGUGCCCUUCUCUGGGAAGCCGGACUCUUUUUAAUGCAGAUGUAAAUAUGGAGUGAUUGUCACACAUCUGGCCCCAUCUUAGGGAGGGGAGCAGUGAAUUGCCAAGCCUGGUUGUAAUUUCUAACCAUUUUCUACUUGUGCAAACUGUAAAUAUGUUUAAAAAUGUAAUAUUUUGUACAAGAUACACUGGAGAACAAAGGGAAUUCAAGGUUUUUCCACACGCCUCACCUGUAAGAAGUGAGUCCCGUGCUGCCCGUCCGGCUCCUCCUCCCGGGAACGAGCUUCCUGUGUACCAGACAGGGUGAGCACAUGGGAUAAGCUGUCGUUGGGGGAGUUUUUGCUGUACACAUUUGUUUAAAAAAAAAAAAAAAAAAAGGAACUCAUCGAAUUAACUUGGAAUGGUGUGUUUAAUUCUUUCUUUUUUUUUUUUUUUUAAGAUUGGCC